GCGUGUCAUGCACUCACCCCCACUCGUGUUCAUCCCGAAUGCUGUUCCACUCGCACACCAUCCACGCCAAACCAACACCUCCGCCGUGUCGGAACUUUUUUUUUUUUUUUUUGUUAUUAUCCUUCGCUCCCCAGUGACCGUCAACAUGUUGUGGAUCUGCGUGGGUCUCCUCGCUGCUCUUUCCCCCUUCGUCGUCCCACAGGAGGUUCAGGAGCCAGUCUCUUAUUCGUGCACUGAAGGUUAUGAAUUUGACAGUUUGAGAGAGCAGUGCAAAGACAUCGACGAGUGCGCCCUGCUGGACGACGCCUGCAAAGGAGGCAUGCAGUGCAUCAACCACUACGGCGGCUACCUGUGCCUCCCCAAGAGCGCCAUCAUCGUCAUCACCAAGGACGGCGAGGAGGUGACGCCCCAAGAGCCCCCCGCCCCGGUGCCCGCCGUGCCGCCCGGCCAGCCGCAGCAGCCCGCCCGGGUGUUUCCCGGCGCCAGGCUCCCUCACGGCGGCAGGAUGACGGUCCGCUGCUCCGCCGGCUUCGCGGCGGACGAGCAGAACGUCUGCAGAGACGUAGACGAGUGCGCGACAAGCCGAUACACUUGUGGGCCCGAGCAGACUUGCUUCAACACCAGAGGCUCGUACACCUGCCAGUGUCCUGCGGGCUAUCAGAGGAACAGAGACCAAUGUGUAGACAGGGACGAGUGCGCAAUGUCCCACUACUGCAUGCACACGUGCGUGAACACUCGGGGCUCGUACUACUGCGAGUGCAAUGCCGGUCACCAGUUGGCCACCAACAACCACAGCUGCGUCGAUGUCAACGAAUGCGACACGCAGAAUCCCUGUCAGCACCACUGCUACAACCUGAUUGGCUCCUUCUUGUGCCAGUGCGACCAGGGCCACGAGCUGGCCCCGGACUUGGUUUCCUGCCAAGACAUCAACGAAUGCAGCUUCUCCAGCUACAUGUGUCAGUACCAGUGCAUCAACAGUCCGGGGAGUUACUCGUGCGAGUGCCCUGAAGGAUACCAGCUACAGGGCAACCGGUUGUGUCAAGACGUGAACGAGUGCGAGACAGGCACGCACAACUGCCAAGACGAUGAGAUGUGCUGGAACUACUACGGCGGUUUCCGCUGCUACCCCAGAAACCCCUGCGAGGCGCCCUACACCCAAUCCUCGGAAAACCGGUGCAUCUGCCGCUCUCAGGCCGAGUGCCAAGGCCUGCCGCCGUCCAUCGUCUACAAGUACAUGAGCAUCCAGGCCGAGCGCCCCGUGCCCGCCGACAUCUUCCAGAUCCAGGCCACCAGCACCUACGUCAACACGCAGAACACCUUCCGGAUCAAAGCCGGGAAUGAGGCGGGGGACUUCUUCCUCCGGCGUUCCAGCAACGUGAGCGCCAUGCUGGUGCUCACCAAGCCUCUGUCGGGCCCCAGGGAGUACGUGGUGGACCUGGAGAUGAUCACGCACCACCUGACCAUGAACUACCGCUCCAGCUCCGUGCUGAGGCUCACCAUCAUCGUCGGAGCGUACGCCUUCUAAGCAUCCGCCGUUACCACGCAGCCAAUGUCUGUCUUUCCGCGCGGCAUACUGUACAUUUCCCAUACUUUACCUUAUAAUUCAUAGAAUAGGAGCGCUCGCAAACAGGAAGUGCCCACCGGACGGCGAUGAAGAAGACAUGGAGGGGGGGGGGGGCAUAUUAUGCUCCAUGUACAAACAUCGUCUCGUGCCGAAAUAGCGCAAAUGAGAAUUACCGAUACAAAAUGUAACAGCCACCCUCAGACGAAAAUAAAAGAUGCAGCAUAAUUUCAGGUGAUUAAAUAUUAAAUGGAGGGUUCCAUGUUCAAUUGAAAUUGCACGAUAUGAGAACCUGGUUUGAUCCUGCACAAACGUUCAAUUUUCAGUCAUUUAUGAGUUGAACAGAUGCAAACCACUCUUUGUAAAACGGAUACAAUGAUGUGGAUUGAAUCUGGUUUGUUAUUACAAAUGUUGAACCUGCAAAAACAUCAAAUUUGAUUUCCGUCACAUAAAAAUUUACAGACAUAAACAACACAACAGAGGUGUACAAUUUCAGUCAAAUUUCAUAUUUGGACAAAAAUACUGUAUAAACAUCUUACCAUUUUCACGAGCGUUGCCCGGAAUGGAUCCAGAUUGAAUAUGGUUUUACACAAAUAUAAACACACAUAACUUUGUUAAAUGGCUGACCUGGAUGGGAUCCAUCUUGAUACAGAUUAUGUGUAAAUCCUGCAUGAACGUGCACAAUUUUGUUCAAAUUAGACACGAUUUGACAGAAAUAUGAACCCCUGACCGUGUUAAAUGGGAUCAUUUGGAUCAGAUCCAGAUUGAAACAGGUUGGACACGUUUCACGCUUGUAUGAAUGUGUACAGUUUCCUUCAAAUUGGAUUUAUUGACAGUUACGCUGCCAGCGAUCGGCCACGUUGAGUGGGAUUGAAAGGGGUGCGACAUUAUGUUCCAACCCUGUAAUAACAUACAAAUUGACAGACAUAUAAAUAUGGUUUGAUUUUUUUUUAAUUUUGAAAUAAUAACUACCUAGCCGUUAAAAAAAAAUAAAUCCAUGUUGAUCUAUUAAAAAAAUAGUUACAGUAUACACAAAGCAAAGGGGAAAUCACAUGUAUUUUACAACACUUUUAAAUAUAAUUUUUUUCGUCUGUGCUCAUGAGUAACCAGUUUCUCAUUUUCCCGGAAAGCUUUCAGAGGCCGGACUUUCGCGCCAGGCCGUCGGGUCGCUUGCUUUCAUACGCAUUAAGUCAUGUAGGUAACAAAAUCAGGGGCGUGUGCGCGAGAGAGGGCGGGGGGAGGGGGGAGGCCGAGCCGUUAAUACCUUUUUUUCGCCGAUGACACUUCCAGCGCCAAUAACAGGAAAUGUGCGCGGCGGCUCGCCAACGGGGGCCGGCCCGCGGGUCGCCCGGCUCCACCCGCGUGCGGCACAUAUGGACGACGUGUGUGUGUGUAGCCUUGACUUUAAAAAAAAUACAAAUAAAUAAAAAUUAUUUUAACUCGGUCGUCAGCCAUCGUGCCUUAAAAGGACAAGACGCAAAAAAAAAAUAUAUAUAUAUAUAUGAAAAAAAAUUACCCCAUCACGCACAGCACUAAUCAAAUUGUUCAUGCUUUUCCUAUAUUGUUUAUAUCUUUAUAUGUAUUUUUCUUGGGUCUCAUAUUUAAAAUAUAUUUUUUUGAAACACGUAUCUUGUAUCGAAUGUUUGUACCCGGAAGAGCGACAAAAGUUAUAUUGUGGAAUAAAAUGAUUUCCAAAGA